UUUUACCACACGUUGAUUGUAUCGCGUUGGGUAUAAAAUAAAAUCGAAUAACCAUAUAAAUUAAGGUAAAAAAGUAAGUCUGGCAAGGCUAGAUUUUGCCGGCCCUUUUGUUUUAAGCUUCUACCAACGUCAUUUUGCUUUUUGCCAAAAGUGCGAGCGCAACACGAGCGACAUACCUUCAUUCAUUCUUCCUAUUUUUGUUGAAUUUUCAUUUCGAAAGUUUUAUAAUUUCAUUAAUAUUCGCAAUUGUAAAAAGCGUUUAAGAAUUAAAUAAUAAAGUGAUGUAAAUACAAGUAUUAGCUUCGCUAUUGGUAGAUAAAAAGUGAAAAAAUUGCAAAGAAAACUCAAAAAAGUGAAAAGUAACCGCCUUUGCCGAUUCCACGCCAUUCGUUCGUUAUUGCAAACGAACGACUCGUCAUUUGUGGCCUUUUGCGUUUUUGUUCUUCUGUUUACGGCUUAUACGCCGCUCGUCCAUUUACGCAGUGUCAAAGACUAUCGGAAUUUUUUUAUUUGUCGAGUUGUUUCUGAACAAAUUGCUUUAAUAUCAACGGGGUUUCCUGAAGGAUUAAUUAAUCAGAUUAUUUCCGCACUGACUGUUGCCUAUACAAAGCUGAAUUGAUUUGUGCUGACCAGAGCGGAGGAGCCACAUACCAAAAUGUCGCGAAAAUCGCUAAAUGUACGCGUCACCACCAUGGACGCCGAGCUGGAGUUUGCCAUACAACACACGACCACCGGCAAGCAGCUCUUCGAUCAGGUCGUCAAAACGAUCGGCCUGCGCGAAGUCUGGUUCUUUGGCCUGCAGUACACCGAUUCAAAGGGUGAUUCCACAUGGAUUAAACUUUACAAAAAGCCAGAGUCGCCAGCCAUAAAAACCAUAAAGUACUUGAAACGCGUCAAGAAAUAUGUGGAUAAGAAAACAGCCGAUGGCCAUCAGAACAGCAAUGAUGUUAGCGACGAAGACGACGAUGCCGAUGAUAUGACUGGAUCAAUGCCAUUCUCCACUUGGGUUUUGAAUCAAGACGUGAAGAAGGAGAAUCCUCUGCAGUUUAGAUUCCGCGCCAAAUUCUACCCGGAAGACGUCGCCGAGGAGCUAAUUCAAGACAUUACGCUGCGCCUGUUCUAUUUGCAAGUGAAAAAUGCCAUACUAUCCGACGAAAUCUACUGUCCCCCGGAAACGUCCGUAUUGCUCGCUUCGUACGCUGUUCAAGCGCGCCACGGCGACUACAACAAGAGCAUGCACACAGCCGGCUUUUUGGCUAACGAUCGCCUGUUGCCGCAACGUGUCAUCGAUCAACACAAAAUGUCCAAGGAUGAAUGGGAGCAAUCUAUUAUGAACUGGUGGAAGGAGCAUCGCGGCAUGUUGCGCGAGGAUGCCAUGAUGGAGUACUUGAAGAUCGCACAGGAUCUUGAGAUGUAUGGCGUGAAUUACUUCGAAAUCCGCAACAAAAAGGGCACCGACCUGUGGUUGGGCGUAGACGCGCUCGGCCUGAACAUCUAUGAGGAGGACGACAAGCUGACGCCGAAAAUCGGUUUUCCUUGGUCGGAAAUCCGUAAUAUUUCAUUUUCGGAUAAAAAGUUUAUUAUCAAGCCAAUCGAUAAGAAAGCGCCCGACUUUGUCUUCUUUGCACCGCGUGUACGCAUCAACAAACGAAUCCUGGCCUUGUGCAUGGGCAACCACGAACUGUACAUGAGACGACGCAAGCCCGACACAAUUGAUGUGCAGCAGAUGAAGGCGCAGGCACGCGAGGAGAAGAAUGCCAAGCAGCAAGAACGGGAGAAGCUGCAGUUGGCACUAGCGGCACGCGAACGAGCUGAGAAGAAGCAGCAAGAGUAUGAGGAUCGUCUGAAGCAGAUGCAAGAGGAAAUGGAGCGCUCUCAGAAGGACCUACUGGAAGCGCAGGAGAUGAUUCGCCGUUUGGAGGAGCAAUUGCGUCAACUGCAGGCAGCCAAGGACGAAUUGGAGCUACGCCAGAAAGAGCUGCAAGCUAUGUUGCAACGCCUUGAGGAGGCAAAGAAUAUGGAGGCAGCUGAGAAAGCCAAGCUGGAGGAGGAGAUCAUGACCAAACAAAUGGAAGUACAACGCAUUCAGGAUGAGGUGAACGCCAAGGACGAAGAGACUAAACGUCUGCAAGACGAAGUGGAGGAAGCUAGACGCAAGCAGGCGGAAGCUGCUGCAGCGCUUUUGGCCGCGUCCACCACACCUCAACAUCAUCAUGUAGCCGAAGAUGAAAACGAGAAUGAGGAGGAGCUGACGAAUGGCGACGGUGGCGGUGAUGUUUCACGCGAUCUAGAUACAGAUGAACAUAUCAAGGAUCCCAUCGAGGACAGACGCACACUGGCCGAGCGCAACGAGCGCCUGCAUGAUCAGUUGAAGGCUCUGAAACAAGACUUGGCACAAUCACGUGACGAAACGAAAGAAACGCAAAACGAUAAGAUCCAUCGGGAGAAUGUGCGUCAAGGUCGUGACAAGUACAAGACAUUGCGCGAAAUACGUAAGGGCAACACAAAGCGUCGCGUGGAUCAAUUUGAAAAUAUGUAAAUUGGAGGGUGGCAGCUUGGUGCGCACUGGCCGAGGAUGACUGGUAUCACUAUGACGCCAGUCCUUUGUAUAGAACAACAAGAUCAACAGAAGCGGCUAUUUUAACAAUAAAACAACAACAAUUACCAGCAAGCAAUCAACCAACUAACGAAAAACACACCUCCGUUCGAUCGGCGGCCUUCAAGUCGAUCGUUAUUUAAAUGAAAGAAUUACUAUUUACGAAAUAAGAAUUGAAAUUUGAUACACUUUUGAUAAGAUAAAGUCUUCGAUGUCGCAAAGUAGAUAAAACCCUAAAGAAAAAGAUUAAACAAAAAUUCAUAAACGCUUACAAAUCAAAUUCGUAGAAACGAUCAAAUUGCAUUUUCUUUUCUUUUUGAAUAAAAAGUAAAUCUAAUGACAAUGACACACGUAAACAAGAAAAAAGAUUGCUGUUCCUCCUAAAAGUUACGAUUUUGUUGUAUAAUCGUUUAAAUAUUUUUUGUUUUUGCCUUUUAUUCAUUUUUUUAAUCUAAAUUGCGAAAUAUUCCUGUGCGUUUGGCAUUUAUUUAAAAUCUUUUAAGUAUUUAAACUAAAACUGAAAGUUUGCUAAAAUAAAAGUAUUUUUGAAAUCAUACUGAAAAUAUUUUUCCCGAGCGAUACUAAAAUGUCAAUUGUUUUUUCUCCCUUUUAGUCACUUACAAUCGCCAAAAUGAAAAACGUAAAUCCAGGCAUUUCCUUGAAUCGUUCCGUCUUAAUUAUUUUAUUAUUGAGUACCAACUUUAUAUAUACACACAGAUAUAUAUAUAAAUUGCAUUUUUUUUUGUUUUUUGAGAAAAUUUUUUAAAUGAUAUAAUAAAAGAUAAUUUAAGUUAUAGUUGUUCUAUAUAUAUAAUUAUUACACAUUAUUAUUAAAUAACAGUACUAUUAAUUUGAAAUAAUAAAUAUAAAUGGAAGUCUAAUCAUUCAAGCAAGAGAAAAGAGCAACGCAACGGGAAUCCAUUUACAUGAAAAAUUGUUAUUAUUACUUGGCAAAAUAAUUAUAUUAUACAUAAUAUAAUAAAAUAAAAAUAAA